AUGAGGAGGGUGACGUUCAUUUCUGAUCGUCAUGUUGGGCUUGUUAGUGCUUUCCCUAGGGUGUUUCCCAAUAAUCCACAUGGGUUUUGUUUUAGACAUCUGAUGGCUAACCUUUCUGACAAAUUUCCAGCUGGUUCUUACCUUAAGGAUCGGAUUCCUCACUUGUUUAUGUGUUGUGCUUAUUCUCGCACACCGAAGAUGUAUGAGUUCAACAUGAAAAUCUUGAGGAGUGAAGGCGGCGACAUAGUUGCUCAAUUUCUGGAGGAUCUCCCCAAGGAGAACUGGUGUAUGGCUUACUUUAACGGCGAAAGAUUUGGUGAAAUGACAAAUAACUUGGCUGAGUCUUUCAAUAAUUGGGUGUUGCCUUUGAAGAGUCUUCCUAUUCUUGAUAUUAAUGAUGGGAUUAGAGUGAAGUCCAUGGCUUCAAUUGCUGCUCGGAAGCAGGAUACUCAGGAAUGGUUGUCUGAGUUGUGCCCGGCGAUUGAAAAGAAGCUGAAGGAGAAUUUGGAAGUCGGAAGGCAUUGGAGAGUGAGCAGGUCUGAUACCUAUGUGUAUGAAGUUCACUGCCAGAAGUACAAUAGCAUGGUAAAUUUGGAAACUCGCUUUUGUUCGUGUGGAGAAUGGCAGCUGUAUGGCUUCCCAUGUUCCCAUGCCCUUGUAGUGAUCCAACAACAUGGUUCUUCCCUGUAUUUGUAUGUUAGUGAGCUGUACAAGGUGGAGAAAUAUCGAGAAACUUAUUCUUUCCCAAUUAAUCCUCUUCCCUCUAUUUCGAAGCAAGUGCAUGAUUUUGGUAGAGAUGCGGUGAUAUUGCAGCCGCCUUUGACUAGAAGACCACCGGGAAGGCCUAGAAAGAAGAGGUUCAGAAAAAGGAGCGAGAAAACCAGGGUGAUCAAGUGUGGUAGGUGCGGAAAAUGUGAUGGUCACAACAGAAAGAGUUGUACAGCUCCGAUAUAG